UUAUUAUUGAGCAAACAUAAAGCCUUAUUUGUUUUAGUUAAAUCUAUGUGGAUCUGACAAAUUUAAAGUGCAAAAAAAAAAAAAAACCAGAGCACUGGGAAUUAGGUAUUUAAUUAAGGAAAAUUUGACUGCUUUAAUUCAGAUUUAUUUUUUGUGUUCAUUAAGAUGUUCUUCAUAAGCCCUCAAGCUGUAUUUGUGAAAGGCAACCUGCAUCAAAUAUUUCAAGAUACUAGAUUUGUUUCCUUCUUCCUAUUUUCUGGACUAUCCUGGCAACCAAGUAAUCUUCAUUGGGUUUUCCUGAAGUUAUUUGUUUUGCUUUUUAAGGAUUUUUUUAUUACUCCAUUUUAUGUGUGUUACAAUGCCCCAAAAAAUGAGAUUGGAUACUAUAUAGACCAGUACAUAAUAGUUAAUGAAUGAAUUACAAUAACAUGAAAGUAUUUUAAUUAGCAUUGUGUAAUGGCUGCUUUAUUUUAUUAUAUAAGUAGGCAAAUUAUUUAAAACAACUAAUACAGAGAAGAUGAUAGAUUUACCAGUUGUGUUUUUGAAAGAAUCCUGUCUUAUUAGAAGUCACAUUCUUUUAAGUUUUCUUCUAUUCCUAGUAUUACUACUAUUCCUUAGACUCCAUAUUUUAUUAUUUAUUUAUUAUUUAUUUAUUUUAUUAGAUUUUUAUACCGCCCUUCUCCCGAAGGACUCAGGGCGGUGUACAGCCAAAUUAUAAAACCACACAAUAUACAAAUUAAAACAGAAACUUAAAACCAAGCAUAUUACAUAAAUGGCCGAAAAUUAAAACAAUCAAUUUAAAACCCUAAAAUUCAUAAAUAGCCCCAAUUAAAAUUUAGUAAACUUUUAAGCCAGUCCCGCUUGAAUAAAUAAAUGCGUUUUCAGCUCACGGCGAAAGGUCCGAAGGUCAGGCAAUUGGCGUAAACCAGGGGGAAGUUCGUUCCAAAGAGUAGGAGCUCCGACAGAGAAGGCCCUUCCCCUGGGGGCCGCCAGCCGACAUUGCUUGGUGGACGGCACCCUGAGAAGACCCUCUCUGUGUGAGCGUACGGGUCGGUGGGAGGCAUAAGGUAACAGCAGCCGGUCCCGUAAGUACCCGGGCCCUAAGCCAUGGAGUGCUUUAAAGGUGGUAACCAAGAUCUUAAAGCGCAUCCGAAAGACCACAGGAAGCCAGUGCAGACUGCGCAGGAGUGGUGUUACAUGGGAGCAACGUGUGGCUCCCUCUAUUACCCGCGCAGCUGCAUUCUGAACUAGCUGAAGCCCCCGGGUGCACUUCAAGGGCAGCCCCAUGUAGAGAGCAUUGCAAUAAUCCAAACGAGAAGUGACAAGAGCGUGAGUGACCAUGCAUAAGGCAUCCCGGUCAAGGAAGGGGCGCAACUGGCGGACCAAGCGUACUUGGUAAAAAGCCCUCCUGGAGACGGCCGCCAAAUGAUCUUCAAACGACAGCCGUCCAUCCAGGAGGACACCCAAGUUGCGCACCCUUUCCAUUGGGGCCAAUGACUCGCCCCCAACAGUCAGCUGUGGUUGCAGCUUACUGUACCGGGGUGCCGGCAUCUACAGCCACUCCAUCUUGGAGGGAUUGAGCUUGAGUCUGUUGAGUCUGUUUCUCCCCAUCCAGACCCGUACGGCUUCCAAGCAUCGGGACAGCACUUCGACAGCUUCGUUGGGGUGGCCCGGGGUGGAAAAGUACAGCUGCGUGUCAUCAGCGUACAGAUGGUAACUCACCCCAAAGCCACUGAUGACCUCACCCAGCGGUUUCAUAUAGAUGUUGAACAGGAGAGGCACCCCACAAGUAAGGCGCCUCGCGGUUGAUCUCUGCCCCCCUGUCAACACCGUCUGCGACCGGUCAGAGAGAUAGGAGGAGAACCACCGAUAAACGGUGCCUCCCACUCCCAAACUCUCCAACCAGUGCAGCAAGAUACCAUGGUCGAUGGUAUCAAAAGCCACUGAGAGAUCUAAUAGGACCAGGGCAGAGGAACAACCCCUAUCCCUGGCCCUCCAGAGGUCGUUCACCAGAGGUCAUCCACCAUAAUAGAGCUUUUACAUACAAGAUACAAGAAACAUACUUUACAUACAAGAAAUAUAAUUAAGCCUCUCUCAUUUUUAAACAGGUCAUUAAACCUAGAUUACACAAGACAAUAUGUAUCAAUUCUAUUACAUCAAUAAAAAAACCAACUGACAAAUAGAAGGAAACAUGUAUUUGUAAUCCCAAAUUGUAAAUCUGAGUAACUGUCUUUCCAACAUUGAACAAUGUUCUUCUUCGCUAUCCUCAAUGCUUGCUAAAUCUAUAGUUCUUUACAUAGCAGUAUUCUACAGGUUUGGUAUAUAACUUAAUAUAUUUAAUAUACUGGGAUGUAUGAGGAAGGCAAUAUGGGAUUCAGGAUUAUUCAGUUGUUUAUUGGGCCUUCUCAGUUUGAACUGAUACAAGCUCUACUGCCUACUUUUUUGGUACAGGUGGUCCUCAGUUCACAGCCAUUCAUUUAGCUAAGGAUCAAGGAUAUCAGAGUUCAAAGUUUCACCAGCACUGAGGAAAGUGACUUACAACUGGUCCUCACACUAUGAUUGUUCCAGCAUAAUCACGCGAACGAAUUUGGCUUCUUGUCAGCCGGCAUAUAUUUACAAAGUAUACAUGACUUUCUCCACCAGCUUUUGAAAGCAAAGUCAGUGGGAAAAGCCAAAUUCACUUAAUAGUGAUUCACUUAACAAUUGUGUGAUUCACUUAACAGAUAUGGCAAAAGUCAUAAAAUCGAGCACAACUCACUUAACAACUGCCUUGCUUAGAAAUGAAAAUUCUUGUCUCAUUUGACAUGUCGAGCACUAUCCAUGUCUUAUUAAAAUGACAUUUUGAUAUUCUUAUACUUCGAUUACCAACAAAUUUUAGAGGUUAUCUGAAGCUGAAAAUUAAAAAAGAUUGUCAUAACAGAUACGUUUAAGUGUCAUGAUACUUGGCCUGAAGUAAUUAACAGAUGUGCUUUUCCCAGGCUAUGAUCUGUUCUCUAAUCAGUUGAAAAUGAUCUAAAUCCUAUUCUCCAUCCAUGAGAGUUCAGAAUUGUUCAGUCAACACUCUCUCAACCACUUGUGCCAACAGUGCAAAUUUGACAACUAUAGCUAUCAGAACAAGCGUAUCUAAUGAUACUUCAUUAAAGAGCAUACAGAGCACUGCCUUCUUCAAAUUAGGUAUCGCCUCCCAUCCAUGGGAAGAGUAUUGGUUGUGGUGAUGUUGAUAAUUGACUAGAUCUCCCUCAACUGAUCCAGUCAGUAUCAACCAAGAGGAAAACUAUAUCAAAAGAACAUGCGGUGGUCUGAAUUUGUCUUAAUACUGGUAUCUCCUUCUCAAGGAACACAAAAUGAAGUUGAUUGAACAAUACAGGACAAGCAAAUUGCUAGCCUCCCCCAUUUGGCUUUUUCUGAAUUUCUGAUUUGGCAACAGGAGUUCUUGCUUCAGCACUGAUGUAACUUUGCUAAAAUGACAAACAGGCACUUAGCCCAACUUUCUGGCCUAAAUUGCAGGUAAUCCUCAAUUAACUAUGGCAAUUGGGAUUGGAAUUUCCAUCACUAAGCAACAUGGUUGUAAGGCCUGAUAUCACAUGAUUGCGUAGCAACAGCAACGCUGGCACUCCUGAUUAUCAUCACCAGAACUUCAUUUCAUCAUCGUUUUCUUUCCCAUUGACUUCACUUACUGGAAAGUUGCAAAUAGUGUUCAUCUGACUGUAGAAUGCCACAACAUAAUUGAGAGGUGGGCCCAAACCCCCAGAUCUCAGUUGCGACCAUGGGUAUGUUGUGACAGCUGAAACUUCAAGGACCAGUCGUAAGUAGCACUUGUUCAACAUUAUCAUAAGUUCAAACAGUCACUGAAUGAGCAGCCAUUAAGCAAGCACCACCUGUAUGACCAUUCAUUCACCAUCUCCUUCUACAGAUAAUUGAAAAGCAAAGCAAAAUAUGCCUUAGUCCUGCAUUGCUGAGUAAUAUUUGUACAAUAGCUUCAAAUAAUUGUUUAAUGUUAUAUUUAUUGUUUUACUGUUUUAAUCUUUUAUAUUGUUUUAUCAUGUAAGCUACCUGAAUCAUGUGACAGCAAAAUGGGCAACAUACAAAUUUAAUAAAUAAAUGAGCGAAGCCAUAUUUACAGAGGCCAAUGCAAAAAAAAAAAAAAGGAUAAUUAGCCCACACCAUCGCAAGAAAAAUACAGGUUUCUUAAUUAAAAUUAUAUCAAAAUAUUCUCUGUGUUGUUCAUUAAAUUGUGUAAUAAGAAUAUAAUUUCAGCAUUCAGAAUCUAGAAAAAAUGAUACUGUUGCUAAAAGAUCAAAAUUAUAUUGUUUUACCUCAUUAAUACAGAUAGUCCUUGACAUAGUCAUUUCUUCUGAAAUUAUAGUGGCAAUUGGUCCUCGUACUUAACCAUUGGAAUGAUUCCCAUGGUCACAUGGACAAAUUUGGGUGCUUGAGAAAGUCAUGUAUUGAUGUAUUGAUGAUAGUUACAGUAUAUUGGGAACAUAUGAUCACAAUUUGUGACCUUCCCUGCCAGCUUCCAAAAAGCAUAACCAAGGAGGAAACCCACAUUCACUUAACAACCACACAAGUCACUUAACAACUUCAGUGAUUCACUUAACCAUGGCAAAAAACUGUAAAACUGGGUGUGACUUAUUUAACAACCAUCUUGCUUAGAAAUGGAAAUUCUAGUCGCAAUUGUGAUAGUAAACCAAGAAUCACCUCUAUAUCAGAUUUUCUCUGAAAGCUUGUAUCCUACCUAUUCCUAUGAAAAAGAGCUCAUGAAGCAAAGAAAAUAAAGUUAAUAAGCAGUGCAUAAGAAUAUUGAAAAGAACUAAAAAUAUCCAAAUUAAAGUUUUGACUAAAUUCCUUAGACAUUUUUAACAUACCACCUAACUGUAAAAUUCAGAGUUCAACACAUCUUGCUACAGCAUUGCAUAAAGUGAGUGCAAUAUAGAAGACCGAGUCUUGGGAUUAACUGCAUUAAUGAAAUCAGGAGAUAAAUAAUUCUCACAUAACUGGAACAUGUAAAUAGGAACAUAUGGGAGAAAACGAUGCUCAACGUAUCAAAAGAGAGGAAUCUGUCAUUUGAGGAAAAUCUUCAUUAUUUAUUGCAUGUAAUUGGCUGUAGGAAGGAUCUUGGAGACAGGAGCCUCAGCCUACCAACCGUCAUGCAAAAGGUACCUCCACCCAUAGAAGGAAAACAAGCGUCUUGGAAGAAACCCUCUCUAGUUUUGUGGAAAGUAAAAGUAAAGGAGGGGAGAAGUGCUUUCAGGCUUGUAAGAAACUGUUACAUUAAAUGCAGUGUUAGUAAUUCAUGGAUUGUGCUUCUUGUUUGAACUACCUUGAAGGUUAACACUACCUAUGUAAAACAAACCUUAUAUGUGUUUUUUAAAAGCUUUAUUUGAUUAGUAUUUCUCUCAUGCAAAUGAAAUAGCAGAUACGUCAUCACUGAGAUAACAAAAACUGUUCUGUAUUUCAGAUGUGACUUACCUCAUGUUUUUUACAGGGCUAUUGAUAUUUCCUUGUCAUUAUUAAAAGUUUCUCCUACUCCAGUAACUAUAAUUAUUCCUCUUUUAAUCAUUUGUGUAAAACCUAUUGCAACAAUAUUCAUUUCUACUUUUGGUCCUAUUGUAAUUUAGUUUCUCUGAAUAUAUAAAGUGCAACCUGAUUGAAGUUCUAUCUUGGGUUUUUUUCCUUUUUUUGCCUGAGGUUUCGACCAAUCAAAGGAAGACAAGAGGAACUGAAGGAGGUGAUUGAGCGUUUUAAAAAAGAUGAGCACUUGGAAAAAGCCUUCAAGUCCUUGACGUCAGGUAUUUAUUUAUUUACGAAUGUUUGCAACUGACAGUGGAUUUGAAAUAUUGCCAUGCAAUCGAUAUUCAUCAGAGCAAAAUGGAGCCAAAAUAGUUGCAACAAAAGAGUGGAAACGAAAUGACAAGAUAGAGUUAUUAGUAGGUUGUAUUGCCGAACUCUCUGAACUAGAAGAGAAUAUGCUGCUCAGACAUGGAGAAAAUGAUUUCAGUGUCAUGUAUUCAACACGGAAAAACUGUGCUCAGUUGUGGCUUGGUCCAGCUGCUUUCAUUAAUCAUGAUUGCAGACCCAACUGUAAGUUUGUUUCAACUGGCCGGGAUACAGCAUGCGUGAAAGCUUUGCGAGAUAUUGAACCUGGGGAGGAAAUUUCUUGCUAUUAUGGAGACGGCUUUUUUGGAGAAAACAAUGAAUUUUGUGAAUGCUACACAUGUGAAAGACGUGGAACUGGUGCUUUUAAAUCAAGAGUGGGACUGCCUGCACCUACUCCUGUGAUCAAUAGCAAAUAUGGACUCAGAGAAACAGAUAAACGUUUAAACAGGCUUAAAAAGUUGGGUGAUAGCAGUAAAAAUUCUGACAGUCAAUCUGUCAGCUCUAACACUGAUGCAGAUACCACUCAGGAAAAAGCUAAUGCAACUACCCGCAAAUCUUCAAUUGGUGUAAAAAAGAACAGCAAGAACAGGACAUUAAGAAGGCAGUCUAUUUCAAGAAUUCCAACUUCAUCAAAUUCUACCUCAUCCAGACUAACUCAUUUAAAUAAUUCCAGGGUACCAAAGAGACUGAAAAAGCCUGCAAAGCCUUUACUUUCAAAGAUAAAGUUGCGAAAUCAGUGCAAAAGGCCAGAACACAAAAAUGCAUCUAGGAAACUCGAAAUGGGAAAUUUGGUUCUUAAAGAACCCAAAAUAGUUCUGUAUAAAAAUUUGCCCAUUAAGAAGGAAAAAGAAACAGAGGGACCAGUGAAAGUUGCAGUGUCUAGUGGCUGCUUAACAAGGCAUGCAGCACGAGAAUAUAAAUUAAAUCCAGUGAAAGGUGCUCAUGAACCUGGGGAAAUAUCACCCUGUACAUACAUAACACGGAGGUCAAUGAGAACACGAACGAAUCUGAAAGAGACCUCUGACUUAAAGCUUGAACCAAAUAUGCUAAACAGCUAUAAAGACAGUUUGACAGGCAUGCGAGCCAAUAGCUUGGACCAGCAGUCUCAUGUGAUUCUGGAGAGUGAGCAAUCUCUUAUGGCAACACAGAAGGCGGAGGGGAGAUGUCAGAAGAGUGAAAGAGUUGUGGCCAAAAAGAAAUCUCGACAAGGGAGACUGGUGAAGCCAUUAGCAAAAAUGGAGGAAACGGAUUGUGCGCAUACUUUGACUGGCAAAGAUGAAUUGCCAGAUUUGAUCAGUUCACGUUCUGACCUAGGAGAGAUAAACAGUGUAAUGGAUACAGCCAUCGGGUAUCAAGACUGUAUUCCUGCAUCCGGUGGUUGUUCCAUUGUAACUUCUGACACUUUCAAAGUCAAAGAGCGCUUUAGAACUGCAAAAAGUAAAAAGAAAAGGCGAAUCACAAGGUAUGAUGCACAACUCAUUCUUGAAAACAGCUCUGGGAUUCCCAAACUUACUCUGCGAAGGCGGCAUGAUAGCAACAGCAAGACUAAUGAGGAAGAAAAUGAUGGAAUGAAUUCUUCAAAAAUAAGCAUCAAAUUAAGUAAAGACCAUGAGAAAGAUAAUAAUUUAUAUGUAGCAAAGCUUAAUAAUGGGUUUAACUCAGGAUCAAGUAGUAGUUCAACAAAAUUAAAAAUACAGCUAAAACGAGAAGAAGAAAAUAGGGGAACAUACUCGGAUGACCUUCAUGAGAAUGGAGUGUGUUGCAGUGAUCCUCUUUCACUACUAGAGUCACGGAUGGAAGUGAACGAUUAUAGUCAAUAUGAAGAAGAAACUAUUGAUGAUUCUUCAUCUGCAGAAGAGGAGGAGGAGGAGGAUGAAUAUGAGGAUGAUUUUGAGGAUGAUUUUAUUCCUUUGCCUCCAGCUAAGCGUUUAAGGCUUAUAGUUGGAAAGGAUUCAAUAGACAUUGACAUUUCUUCCAGGAGAAGAGAAGAUCAGUCUUUAAGGCUCAAUGCAUAAGCUUACAGGUCUUAAACUGAAGAUGUCCAUUUUUUAAAAAAAACAAAAUUCCAGACAAUUAUUCUUCAACUGAUGAACUUUCUCAAAAUGUUAGUGGAAGCACUUCUUUAUUGUUUGUUCACUUAUAUCAACAUAAUAUUGUAGAAAGUGUACAGCAUAUUGACUCCUUAAGUCAAGUUGUGCAGAUUUUUAUUGUACUUUUUAAUAGCCUUCUUAUGUGCAAUUCUGAGUUAGAGAAAAAUGCUCUAUUGUAAAAUAAAGGCUCAAGCGUAAUUACAGAAAUGCCAUCAGAUUUUUCCAUGAAGGAUAAUUAAAUCACAAUAAUGUGGCUAAACAAUUUUUAAUCUGUCAAGAGCAUUAUUUUGCUCUUACAUCUGACUAAAUAAUCUAAAAGAAAUCAUAGUAGCGGCCUAUUAAGGUUUCCUAGUAUGUUAAUAUCACCAGCAAUGAAAUACAGCUUUUCCGUUUUAUUGCUAGAUGUUUCCCCCUCUGAAGUUUGUCAGUUUUAACACUGUAUGCUGUCCCCAGACGUACUGUUUGUGGCCUUUGUUAUAGUAGCAAACCGUUGGUUUGAAGUCAAAUUGAUUUCUUAAAAAAAGGUGUUGACAGUUUGCUGACUUUUAGUACAUUAUAUGUACAAGAGUAGCAGUAUGCAGAAUACAAGUUUGGAUGGUGUAUUUAUUUCUUGUUAUGUAAAUUAAAACACCUUGUAUUUAACACUUUUUCAAUACUUUUAGAUAAAAUUGUUCUUUGCAAGAAUGAUUGGUGCUUAUUUUUUCAAGAACUUGCUGUGAAACAAUGUGAUUACAACAGGCAACAUUUAUCCAAUUAAUUGCAGCCAUUCUAAUUGGAUCCUCAUAGUUUUCUGUUGCACUUGUAAAAAAAAUGCUACGAGGAAUUUAAAGAAACCUAUUCACUUUAACUUAUGAUAGUUUUAUGAAAUUUAAAAGAAAAGCCUAAGUCACAGCUUUUGUUCUGUGGUAAUCUAUAAAAUGUUUGUCUUUUGAGAUCCCGUGUAAAAAGACUGAAAAAGAAAAUGUAUAUGUUGUAAAUAUUUGUGUGUUGUGCAAAAUUUUGUCAUAAAAAUUGAUAACUUACCAGAAGGGUUUUUAAGUUUAGAAAUACAUUAAUGCCAAUAAAUAGGAAAUUAUAAACAUAGUUUUAAGCUCUGA